CCGGUUGGUAAUCCCAGGAAUCGCGCCACUCGGAUGUCUGGCUGGCUCCCGUGGCCUGUGCUCUCUCCCGUCCCUGAAAUACGGCUCGUCCCUAGGGGUUUGACACUACACAACACCCCCCUACCCUCAACGAGCCUCAGGCUUAGUAGACACCUUUCCUACCUUUGAGUCUCCUACUGCGAUCACAUCUCAGGACACUCCCAAGAAACAACAGAGGAGACUGCAGCCCGUCUCCCGCCGUUGAAAAAAAAAAGGCCCUUCUUGCUUCUGUGGCUCUGUCCACCAAGCCGCCAAGAUGAACUCUACCACUCUGCUUUCCCCUCCUCCAGACACCUACUGGGGCCAAUUCGAGGAGAUCUCGAAGUACAAUGUACACUUAAACGUCGUUGAGAGGCUGUGGGCGGCAUGGUACGCCUGGAUGCAGAAUGAUGUCCUAGCGACUGGCAUCAUGUCCUUUGUGAUGCACGAACUCGUCUAUUUCGGUCGGUCAUUGCCGUGGGUUAUCGUCGACACCCUGGGAUGGUUCCGAAAAUAUAAGAUCCAGAGCAACAAAGUGCCCUCUGUGCAGGAGCAAUGGGACUGUGCCAAACUGGUCUUGCUUAGCCAUUUCACUGUCGAACUGCCUCAGAUCUGGCUCUUCCACCCUAUGGCCCAGUUUUGCGGCCUCCAAACCUCGGUCCCGUUCCCUUCGGUUUGGACGAUGGCGUAUCAGAUUGCGAUCUUCUUUGUGCUGGAGGACACAUGGCACUACUUCUCGCAUCGUGCUUUCCACUGGGGUCCUCUCUACAAGGCCGUUCACAAGAUCCACCACCAAUAUUCGGCACCAUUCGGUCUAGCGGCUGAGUAUGCUUCUCCGAUCGAAGUGAUGGCAUUGGGCUUCGGUACCGUCGGCUGCCCGAUCCUUUGGUGUGCCUUCACUGGAGACCUGCAUAUCGUCACGAUGUACGUCUGGAUUGUCUUGCGUCUGUUCCAGGCCAUCGACGCGCACAGCGGUUACGAGUUCCCCUGGAGUCUACAUCAUUUCCUCCCGUUCUGGGCUGGCGCCGACCACCAUGACCUACACCACGAGAAAUUCAUUGGCAACUAUUCUAGCAGCUUUAGGUGGUGGGAUUAUCUGCUUGACACUGAAUACUCGCCCGAGAGUAUGAAGCGAAAGAGAGAGCAAAGGCUUGCGAAGGCCGCCAACAAGUCUGAGUGAGAUCUACCAGAUGAGGUAGUCGAAUCGAACCUUGCACGGGAGUCCACCUCCUGGCCAACUUCGGAGUCUGGUAGUCAAUUUUCUGGUUGUAUCCAGAAGAAACUUUCAGGAUACGCGUUUCGUUUGAUGAUGCUGAACUAGCGGCUAUCAUCAAUAUUUUCUGUUACAGCAGCAUUUAAUAAUUAGUUACGGACAUAGAUUUUUAUGUAUAAUGUUCACAUCUCGCCUUGGUCCUUUGUUAUUGCCCGCCGUAUCUAGAUUUGCAAGGCCUGGUAUUGAGAUUGAUGGCGCUUAGUUGAAUAGCAUCCUCUCAAGCCUGUCUCUUGGACUGUCCUGGGGCUUUUUCUGCACAGCUCAAUGUGCGCAUCGCUAUGUCGCAUGUUAGGUGUAUGUUUCAACUGCUGAUAGAUAUCUACUCACUAAUAUAUUUACAUUGAUAUCAU